CCGUUCCACCCCAGUGGUGUACCGAUCCCUAGUCGGGCCACCACAAUAUAUAUAUAUAUAUAUAUAUCUCUGUCCCGUGUUUGGGGUUGAUCAGUUCAUCAGGAGCCAUGUUGGAGGAUGUUUUUCCCCAGAUGCCCCCACCCUUGACCCUUCUGGGAGUGGUGCUGGUGCUGUUUUUGCUCUACCUGCUCUCCUCCACCCCUGGACCUGGAAAGGACCCACCGGGACCUAGACCCCUGCCUCUCCUCGGGAACCUGCUCCACCUGGACAUGAAACAGCUCCAUGUGUCUCUCUGUGAGCUGUCUAAGAAAUACGGAUCUGUGUUCACUGUGCACUUUGGCCCAAAGAAGGUGGUCGUCCUGGCAGGCUACAAGACAGUCAAAGAGGCGCUGGUAAACUAUGGUGAAGAGUUUGGAGACCGGGAAAUUGCACCCAUAUUUAGAGAUACUAUAAAAGGGCACGGUGUUGUGUUUGCCAACGGAGACUCCUGGAAGGAGAUGAGACACUUUGGAUUCACCAACCUGCAGGAUUUCGGAAUUGGCAUGAGAGAGAAGAUCCUGGAGGAAUCGCGCAACCUCAUCAAGGUGUUUGACAAUUUAAAGGGUGAGCCUUUUGACAUGACUCAGCUACUGAAUUACUUCGUCUUCAACAUAAUUUCCACCAUCGUGUAUGGCAGCCGCUUUGAUUAUGCUGACCCUGCCUUUCAAAAAAUGAUUGACCGGGCCAAUGAAAAUGUCCGGAAUGUUGGUUCAGCAGAAAUACAGGUGUACAACUUGUUCCCAUGGUUGCGUUGGUGUUGUGGCUGGUGGCUGGUGAAUCGGAUCCAGAUUUUGAAGAACUUCAAAAACAACACUGAGGAGAUUAUGGGGCUGGUGCAGGGACUGAAGGACAAGCUCAACCCCCAGGACCUCAGGGGAUUUGUGGACGCCUUCCUAGUUCGACAGCAGGAGCUGAGCAGAGAUGAGAACCAGAAUUCCUACUUCCACAACAACAACCUGAAAUUUACUGUGAGCAACCUGUUCGCAGCAGGUACAGGUGCCUCUGCAGCCACCCUGAGAUGGGGCCUGCUGCUGAUGGCCAAGUACCCCCAUAUACAGGACCAGGUUCAGGAGGAACUAAAUCAGGUCAUUGGGGACCGGGAACCCCGAGUGGAGGACCGGAGAAACCUGCCCUACACAGACGCCGUGAUCCACGAGACCCAGAGACUGGCUAAUGUUGUACCUAUGAGCAUUCCCCACACCACCAGCUGUGAUGUCACCUUCCAGGGAUACUUCAUCAAGAAGGGAACUGUCAUGAUCCCACUCCUGACAUCGGUGCUGCAGGAUGAGGAAGAGUGGGAGACCCCCCACAGCUUCAACCCUGGCCACUUCCUGGAUGAGAAGGGCUGCUUCAUCAAGAGAGAUGCCUUCAUGCCCUUCGCUGCAGGGCGACGGGCCUGUCUGGGAGAGAGCCUGGCCAGGAUGGCGCUCUUCCUCUGCUUCACCUUCCUCCUGCAGAGGUUCCGCUUCACACCACCACCGGGGGUGUCUGAGGAUGAGCUGGACUUGACGCCAGUCGUGGAGGCCAUCCUCAGCCCUUCUCCCCACCAGCUGUGUGCUGUGCGCCGGGCCUAA